GAAGUCCAUUUGAAGAAGUGAACAAGUUGAGCAGAGCUAACAUUACAAAAUUCGGAUAGUUAACAACGUGCACAUGACUAAACAACUUUUAAUUUACAGUCCUUUCAUUUCAUCUGGAGGGUGUGGCUUUCGCUAAACUGGUUUGGGGAAAAAUCUGCACAUGGCAAUUGCAGUGAUGAUUAUGCUCUCACCACGCGAAGAUGUAAUGGAGUUUACACAAACAGAUGAGCAUGUAGGCAAGAGCAAACAGGGCCGAGGUUCUUUACAAAACACAGAUGAAGGACUGAAAUAUGAUAAUGGGCGUGUAGACUUCAGCUGCAUCCACAGCAAAGAUCUGCUCCCUGCUGAGGAUGGAGAGGAGGCAACUCAACAAUUCCUCCAGGAGCUGGUUAAAAUCGUGCUGGCCUAUAUCAGUAAAUCACUAAAACGCAGCUCCAAAAUUCUGGACUUCCACCAUCCUCACCAGCUCAAAGAUGGUCUAGAAGGCUUUAAUCUGGAGCUCCCUGACCAUCCAGAUAAUCUGGAACAGCUACUGGUGGAUUGCAGAGACACACUGAAAUAUGGAGUUAAAACUGCUCAUCCAAGAUUCUUCAACCAGCUGUCAACAGGACUUGACAUCAUCGGUUUGGCAGGAGAAUGGUUGACAUCAACAGCAAACACAAACAUGUUUACUUAUGAAAUAGCCCCUGUUUUUAUACUGAUGGAGGAGGUCGUUUUGAAAAAAAUGCAUAAAAUUAUUGGAUGGCCUGAGAAGGAUGGGGAUGGCAUCUUUUGUCCAGGAGGAACCACGUCUAAUCUGUACAGUGUGCUGUUGGCAAGGUUUCAUCACUUCCCAGCAGUGAAGACCCAUGGGAUGCACGCGAUCCCCCGCCUGGCAAUGUUCACCUCAGCGCAUAGUCAUUAUUCAAUCAAGAAGUCUGCAGCGACCCUCGGCAUUGGUUCUGAAAACGUUAUUGACGUCAAAUGUGAUGAAAGGGGGAAAAUGAUUCCAUCGGAACUGAACUCUAGCAUUGAAGCAGCAAAGUCUAAGGGUCUGGUCCCAUUCUACGUCAGUGCAACUGCAGGAACCACCGUCUAUGGUGCCUUUGACCCUUUGAAUGAAAUAGCAGACAUAUGCAAGAAGCAUGGCCUAUGGAUGCAUGUGGAUGCUGCCUGGGGUGGUGGCUUGCUCUUGUCCAGCAAGCAUCGUUUAAAAAUGCAAGGAAUUGAAAGGGCUGAUUCGGUGACCUGGAAUCCACACAAAAUGAUGGGCGUCCCACUGCAGUGCUCAGCUAUUCUGGUCAAGAAGAAGGGUCUUCUGCAGGAGUGCAAUCAGCUGUGUGCUGAGUAUCUCUUCCAACCUGAUAAACAGUAUGACAUGUCCUAUGACACCGGGGACAAAAGCAUUCAGUGUGGAAGGCAUGUUGACAUAUUUAAGCUGUGGCUCAUGUGGAAGGCGAAGGGCUCAGAGGGCUUUGAAGCACAGGUCAACCACUGCUUGGAAAAUGCAGAGUAUCUUUACUACAAACUGAAGAGGAGAGCGGAUUUUCAACUUGUCUUUAAAGGAAAACCCGAACACAGCAAUGUCUGCUUUUGGUACCUCCCAAAAAGAGUGCAACGGAUGCCUCUUGGUCCGGAGCGAGACAAGGAACUUCAUAUGGUGGCCCCAAAAAUCAAGGCAAAGAUGAUGGAAGAAGGACUCAUAAUGAUUGGCUAUCAGCCUCUCGGGGAUAAAGUGAAUUUCUUCCGCUGUGUUUUUUCCAACCCAGCAACACGGAGGGAGGAUGUAGACUUCCUAUUAGAAGAAAUUCCUCGACUAGGCAGUGAACUUUAAACUGCCUUAUAUAUUAUAUUUAUAUAUAGAUAUGGGUGUAUGCUUAAAUGUUUGAAAUUACUUUUGUAGACAAAAUUUAAUUGGGCCCACAUAUUCAUUUCGUGAAGGCUUUUGCCAAAAAAGUGACAUUUGUGAAAAUAAGGCAUUUUAAUUACUUACUAAUAACUUUUGCAUUGCCAUUCAACUGAAAUUACUUAGCCUAAACAUAAGAGCCUGAUUAAAACGCACUUUUACAAGACAAUACGUCAGACACAUUUAGAGGGUUUUGAAUAAUUUAAUUAUAGAAAAUGUGAUAAAGAAUUUACUGCUUGAUGUGUUAAUAUUUUAAGUUAUACAUAAUUUAUUCUUUGUCUAGGUCAUGGGUCUCCAACCCUGUACCUGUAGGGCACCUGUUUGGAAGAUUUCAGUUCCAACCCCAAUCAAACCUGAACCUGCUUAUCAGGUUAUUCAGGGCUACAUGUACCUAAAAAUUAGAGGCAGGUGUGUUGGAGUAGGGUUAGAACUAAAAUAUGCAGGACAGGUACUCUCCAGAACCAACGUUGGAGACCCAUGAUCUAGGUGAACAUGAAAUGGUAUAUAAGCUAGCACCGGUCUUGUAGGAUAGAUCAUGAUCAUCAUUAGAAAUAUAAAUUUGAAAGACAUGAGAUCAUACACAGAAUCCAAUACAAAGAGAAAAUUAUGUUGGAUUUGGACUUGAAUCAUUUGUACAGUUGACUCUGAUUAGGAUAAGAUAUUUUUGAUAUUUAAUUGCACCAGCUAUAAAUCAACUUGAAUAAGAAGUAGAAGCUGUUUUCAUGUAGAUCUUAUAUAAAUGCUGUAUGGUAGGUGAUUGUUUGUCUACUAGUGCCUUCUGCUGGUGAGUUCUUCAUAUGGCUGGACCAGUUUAAGUCAUUUUCCCUCGUUUAUGAGGCUGUACUGAAACAGAUGAGUUAUAUAUUUAAGGUUAUCAUAAUGUUAACUUAUUUUAUAAAUUAAUAAAUAUUACUAUACUUUAAAAUCGAAUGUGUUUUUAUUUUAGUCAAGACACUAAAUCAAGAAUUACAACGAGGCGGUUUCCCAGAUAGGGAUUAGACUAGUCCUAGACUAAAAUGAAUGUGAGCUGUCCAAACUGAAAACAAUUUUCACUGACAUAUCUUAAAAU